AUGGGAAGAGACGGGAUCAGCCCUGAGGAAGCGAAACCUCCCCCGCCCGCGGGAAUCCGGGAGUCGCUCCAGGAUGGAUUUGGGAUCCCCCCGAGCUCCCAGAGCCAUUCCCGAGGUUUUCCAAGCCCUCCCGGCCACCUGCAGAGGUUCGGGAAGGCCUGGAAAAGCGGCUCAGGGAGAGAUCCCGGGAAUGCGCGACCCCCGCGAGGGGCCGGGCCCGCGGGAUCCUGGAUUGGGACCGCGGUUCGGGGGCUGUUCCCGGUUCAGGACCACUCCCGGUUCGGGGCCUAUUCCCGCCCUGGCUGGGGGCUGCAGGACAGAUCUGGGACCUUGGAGGGACACCUGAGGUGUCCUGGGCUCCUCUCUGACCUUCUCCUUGUGCCACAGGACACGGCAGAUUACGUGAAGCCGGUAACGUUCUCCAUCGACUACGAGCUGGAGCACACUGAGCACGGCCCCAUGCUGGAGGAUGGGUGGCCCACCUCACUCAGGGUCUCUGUCCCCUUCUGGAACGGCUGCAACGAGGACGAGCACUGUGUCCCGGACCUGGUGCUGGAUGCCAGGAGUGACAUUCCCAGUGCCACGGAAUUCUGCCGGAGGGCGCUGCGGAGGGGGGACUGCUCGGCCUUCAGCCUCUCCUUCGAUGCCUCCGUCUUCGUCAUCGAGAGCAGCAGGAGAAGGGUGGCCGUGGAAGCGACGCUGGAAAACCGCGGGGAAAAUGCCUACAGCACCGUCCUCAACAUCUCCUUCUCCAGGAACCUCCAGUUCGCCAGCUUGAUCCCCAAGGACGACACCGACAUCAACAUCGACUGCGCCAGUGACGAGCGCCACCCCAGCAGGAGGGUGUGCAACGUCAGCUACCCCUUCUUCCGAGCCAAGGCCAAGGUCGCUUUCCGCCUGGAUUUUGAGUUCAGCAAGUCCGUGUUCCUGCAGAGCAUGGAGGUCUACAUGGUAGCCAGCAGUGACAGCGAGGAGAAGGAAAACACCAAGGAGGACAACGUCGCCCACCUCAACCUCCAGCUCAAGUACGAGGCCGACCUGCUCUUCACCAGGACGUCGAGCCUGGACUAUUUUGAGAUCAGAUCCAACAAUUCCCUGGAUUCAUCCAACCCCAUGGGCCCCCCCUUCCACUGCACCUUCACGCUGCAGAACCUGGGAUUCUUCCCGGUGCAAGGCUUGACCCUGAAGAUCACCGUGCCCGUGGCCACCCGGGCGGGCAACCGGCUCCUGCUGCCCACGGAAUUCCGGGCGGAUCAGGAAAACACCACCUGCAGCAUCUGGGGGAACACCACUGACUACCGGAGAACCCCAGCGGAGGAGGACCUGUCCCGCACCCCACACCUGAACCACAGCAACUCGGACGUGGUUUCCAUCGACUGCGAGGUGAAACUGGCCCCCAACGAGGAGCUGAACUUGCACUUGCGUGGAAAUCUCUGGAUGAAGUCUCUGAAAGCACUGAAGUUCAAGGCACUGAAGCUCACCACCAACGCCGCGCUCCAGCGGCGCUUCCAGAGCCCCGUGGUUUUCCGGGAGGAGGAUCCCAGCCGCCAGAUCACGUUUGAGAUCUCCAAGCCUGAGGAAUGGCAGAUUCCCAUCUGGAUCAUCCUCGGGAGCACCUUGGGAGGUCUCCUGCUCCUGGCCCUGCUCGUCCUGGCGCUCUGGAAGCUCGGGUUCUUCAAGAGCGGGAGCCGCCGGCGAGCGGCAGAGCGGGAGCGGAAUUCCCAAGGGAUGGAGUGACUCUGCCGGGGCCAGGAGCCCCCUCCCAGCUCCGGAGAUUCCCGGGAUCCCGAGGGAUUUGGGGGCUGAGCUUGGCUUUGCAGCAGGAGGAGAGAACGCCCCUUGUGGGACAGCACUUAAAAGCCAUAAAAAAACCCUCAAACCAACUGAAAUUCCCCCAAAAAAAACUCCUGGGAGGCGCUUCCAGCUGGGAUUCCAUAAAAAACCCCUCAAACCAACCGAAAAUUCCCAAAAAAUCUCCUUGGAGGAGCUUCCGACUGGAAUUCCAUAAAAAACACCUCAAACCAACCGAAAAUUCCUAAAAAAUUCUCCUGGGGGAUGCUUCCAACUGGAAUUCCAUAAAAAAAAACCCCCUCAAACCAACCGAAAAUUCCCAAAAAAAUCUCCUUGGAGAUGCUUCCAACUGGGAUUCCAUAAAAAAAGCCCUCAAACCAAGCAAACAUUCCCCAAAAACCUCCUCAGAGGAGCUUCCUGCUGGGAUUCCAUAAAAAACCCCUCAAACCAACCGAAAAUUCCCAAAGAAUUCUCCUGGGAGCUGCUUCCAAGCGGGAUUUCUCCGAGGCAGCAGCAGCGGUGACGAGGGGACACCGACGUGAGGGGUCCCUGAUGCGGGGCUGGAAAACUCCUUAAAAUUUAAUAAUAUCCCAAAAAAAACCCCCAUGGAUUGCUCCUUCCCGUGGCGGAGCUGUGGCGAAUCCUGGGCUCUGCUGGCCACGGCUCUCAAACUGCCCCUUCGUUAAGCGGAGUAAUUAAGCGGAGGCGUUAAUUAGUCUGAAUGCACUGAACGAAAAAUCUCGUGAUUUCAAGCACCUUAAACGCCAAAAUUCCAGCUGUACAUAAUUCUUCUGGAAAUGGGAAGGAAAGGAGGAAAAAGGAAAAUAAAAUAGUAAAAAUCUU